CGUUCAUUUUAACAAGCUCUUUGUCGGCCUUGUGCAAGUUGUGAUUUUCUUCUGUUCGCGUUUUUUGCGCUUAGUAUUGUGACCCAACCGGCAAAGAAGCCACCGAAGUGGGCCAUUGCAGAGCGCUGUAAGCGGAGCGCACGGCGUUAUCCAUGGGUUCCUGGAGGUCACGUGGGAAUCGCCACGCCCAUGACGUCGCUUCCUGCGUGACGUACGAGAAGUUAGGCUUAUCGCUCAGCUGUGCGGAGAGGGGGCCGUGCGCCUCGAAAGUUUUUCUCGGCUGCCGUUCCCGACUGCGAGUGCAAAUGAAGAGAUCCGGCCGUAGGAGAAAGAUGUCGGCGAAUCUGCCCGGCGAGUUUGCCAAGUUCGCCAAGAACAGCAAGUACCUGCGUCGGAUAUGGAGAGACACCAAGGCGUCGCUCGACGACAUCGCCAAGUGCGGCUAUUUCAGCGAAGACCAACUAGCCCAGCUGCGCCUGAACGAGACCGACGACCAAUUCAUUGGUCGCACGGUAAUGCAGCCCGUCGCCUUAGUGGUUCUCGGUCACAGCUGCUGGGCCAAGGCGCGGGUGGUCAACGAACUGUUUGGCCAGUCUGUCCUGCCGGUCACCUCACCGGUUGGGGAUGAGAGCCAGCUCACCUGGAGGAUGGUUCGUUUCUCGGCGGGUAACCAGACGGAAAUUAGCCUGGCCUUGCCCAAUAGUCUAGAGCUGGUGGAGCACUUGGCUGCCUACGACCAGCCUUGGAGGACAAUUCCACGGGCCGACCUCGAGGUUGAGGGCGAGGCGCGCAAGGAUCCGGCCCUUAGCGCUGCUGCCUUGGAGAUACGCAUGAAGCACCCGCUGCUUCGGGACGAGGUGCAGGUUGUGGCCACGCCGUGCAAUGACACCCUUUCCUUCGAACAGACUUAUCGCCGGGCCACCGAAGGCUGCACUCCGCUGCUGUUGUACGCCUUUGCGGAGGAAGCUUUCACGGAGAAGGAACUGGCCGACUUGUAUGAGCUGAAGAGAAUCGCUCCAAAAACACCAGUGCUCUUUAUUCGGGCCAACCUGCCAGCCACCUCGGAGCUGACAGAAUCUGAGCAGCAUGCUCGCAGUCUGCGCAAUGCCAGGCUUGCGGAGCAGGUCCAGCUGUGCACUGCCUACGUCGACGGCGAGAACAGCGGCAGUGAGGACAAGCAGGCGUUGGAGAGCCCCAUGCAGACUGAGGAGGAUGCACCCAAGUCUGUGAUCACCUUGCCCGUUACAGCACAGCAGCAGCUCUGCAGCAUGGGCUUCAUCUCCAAGCACUUUCCGGAGAAACAGCGGCACCACGACCGGAGGAGGCCCAAUGUUCGAUGCUCCAAUGGAUGUUCGCCCAGCUCCGAGCUCAUCGAGAACUUCGACGACUUUGCGUGCAACGUCUGCAUCUUCGUACGGACUGCUCUUCAGUCGCUGCUGGUCAGCGCUGCAUCACUACUGAACACUACUCACUUGCACUGCCUGCGGACGUUUAUCCUGACGGCAUUUGACAUGACGAGAGACAUGAUGAUCACACCCAAGCGGCUGGCGUACGCACGCAAGCAGGAGACGGGUCUCUACCACGCACUCAUGGAGGUAGCAAGCCACAAGCAGGAAGAGAUUCGGCAGCUUAUUGUGGGUGCCAUCGAGAACCUUCGCGGGGAGGUGCUACAAAAGGCAGCCGACUACCAGUUUGAAGGCGUAAUAGUGGACGAAGGUGAGCAGGCUGCCCCACCGACGGCCAGUGUUCUUCAAAUCUGCACCUCCCAGAUUCAGGACCUUGUGCUAGGAAUGCUCAAUGCUGCCGUUGCCGAAAAGCUUGUUGGCUCUAUGAACUGCCUCCGUGAGAGCUUUGUAGGCACUCUGGAGAGGUGCCUCGCAAGUCUGGAAGGCGUCUGCAAGGAAGACGACUGUAUGCAGGCCAGCAAUGCUCUCAAGCAAAUUCUCAAUGCGGCGUAUCAGGUAGAAGUGACCGUGAAGACCAGCUCUUCCUUACUCUGGGUUCUCUGGGAGAAAAUGAAGCAGCUCGUGCAGACUCUGCCAGGGCGUGCUCCUCCGCGGAUCGACGCAGAGUGGCGCCAGAGGGUGGCCGCAGACAUGCUUGAGUCUCUUAGUGAAUGGAGACUGGCCCGUUGCAUCUGCUCGCAGUUCCGUGAGCGGCUGCGGUCCUCACACGAACAGUUUCAAGCUGCAAUGCGUCAAUUGGAGGCUGUCCACUCGGGCCGUCUGGAGCGCACCGAAACGCAAAGGAUCAAGGUACGAAAGCUGCACGCACCACGCCUUGCCCGCUGUGCCCUGGAAAGCACUUCUUUGCGAGACGAAAUUCUUUACGGGAUGCCCCAGCUGGGACGCGAGCUGGGUCGCGGCCAAUACGGCGUGGUGUACUCAAGCGAACCCUGGGGUGGCCGGUCUCCCUGCGCUGUCAAGUCGGUGGUUCCCCCCGAUGACAAGCACUGGAACGACCUGGCGAUGGAGUUUUUCUACACCCGCAGCGUGCCCGAUCACGACCGCAUUGUCCAGAUUCGGGGGUCUGUCAUCGACCAUAACUACGCCGGUGGGACCACGCCAGCCGUGCUGCUCGUCAUGGACCGCAUGCAGAAGGACCUCUACACGGCCUUGCGUGCAGGGCUCAGCUGGCCUGCAAGGCUAAGGGUUGCACUGGAUGUCGUUCAAGGCAUCCGCUUUCUUCACAGCCAAGGCCUCGUCCACAGAGACAUCAAGCUCAAAAACGUUCUGCUGGACAGGGCAGACAGAGCAAAGCUGACCGACCUGGGUUUCUGCAAGCCAGAGGCAAUGAUGUCCGGCAGCAUUGUAGGUACCCCCAUCCACAUGGCGCCUGAGCUGUUCACGGGUCGCUACGACAACAGCGUUGACACAUACGCUUUUGGCAUCCUCUUCUGGUACAUCUGCGCGGGGCACGUAAAACUGCCCUACGUUUUCGAACAAUGCCAGACCAAGGAUCAGCUGUGGUCCUGCGUCAGAAAAGGUGCUCGACCUGAGCGGCUGCCUCAGUUUACAGACGAUUGCUGGCGGCUAAUGGAGCAAUGCUGGGCGAGCGACCCCCAACGGCGGCCGCUUCUUGGAGACGUGGAGCUCGUGCUCGAAGCCAUCUCGCAGCAGCAGCAGGAAGCUGCGCACACCCAUGAGAGCCAGCAGCUCUCGGAGAGCAUCUGUUCAAGCCAGCAGCAGCAGACAGGCGGCUAUGGCUACACCCCCUGCCGGCCGAUUGUGCCCACCAAGGACAAGUGGAAAUGCAAAAAGAAUGUGGCGUUGCCGAGUGCAACAGGCAUGCAGCGCCUUAUGGCUUGUGCAGCCGACAUUAUUGAGCAUUGUCGAAACUCUCGAAGCUUGUUUGUUGCGUCCUAAUAAUUAAAGGUAAAAUAAUAAAAACCAAUGUUGAUCACUUGCAUGUGCUUGCCAGCUUGCCAAAUUGUGCACUCGGGAGUGGUCUCGGCCAAUGUUUCUCGCUUAUCCGUGUUCUUGUGUGGUGCGCCUCGUCUUUACAGAGGCACGCGGACUCGCUGGGGUAGCAUGACGCAAGCAACCGUGUGUGCUGCACUUUUGGUGGAAGCUGCUUAUUCUGCCUGCUUGACAUGUGAUGGGAAAUUCUGUUUUACAUAAUCUCGUUGCAUGUAGAUGUGACGGGACGUCUCCUGACUUCCUGUUGCAUGCAUGCUUGACGAAGUUUCAAACUUUUUUCUCCAACUCUGUUCUCUGGGUGGGGAAAGGACUUUUUGUGUAGCAGGAAUUGUUCAGUGAACACACCUUCAGUCAUUGCUUCCCCUAGUGCACACGUUCAUGCUGGCAGCUACGUGUCAUUUUUGCACAAGCAUGCUUGACAGAGUUCGACAGCUGUAACGUUUUCAUUCUCUAAACUGUGAGCUACUGUUCACUAAAUUGGUGAAGCCAAGCAGAUGUUUCUGACGUAUUUACAAAUUCUCGUUGCUUCCUUAAAUCAAUGCCGGCAGCUUUUGUCAGGCGUGACCGCAUUUAGACACCCAGAGCUGCCAGUUUACUCAACUGAAUCUGCACUAGUCGGUUGCGCUGGAGCUUUUAUGGUAGGCUCGAAUUGCAACUCCCAGUGAGGAACUGUCACUUGUGCCAUCUAGAUGUGUUACUCUGGCUUGCACAAGGAAGCUAUCCGGUUUGCAAACAAGCAUGCUGCCACAAGAUACUUGCACAGCUGUUUCUACUAAUAAGGCUACUCGAGAUGGCUACUCUACAAUAGCGUGGUUACUAUAAGUAUGAUGAUUGCACGUUCUUCACUGAACAAGCCUGCUAAAGAGACUGCAUGUUACGCUUGUGACCAGCCCACACAGUGACACGUGCGUACUGCUUGCUGGGUGGGAGAGGCGGUUGAAGUUAUAUGCGGGUGUGCCUAUUUAUUCUUUGCAGACGAGUACCUCCGAGAGGCGUCGAUGCAGUGACCGAAAGUGCGGAGAUGUUUAUUGAAAUAUAUGCCCACCACAUGUGUUACUAGACGAGCCCACGAUGUUUCUUCUGCCCAUCUUUUGUCUUUCCAUUGUAACCUUUUAUUGUAUUUUAUUUCGCUUAAUCUAUUUGCCUGUGCGUUUGGCUAAACUGACAUGAACUUUCCGCGCUCGCGAGCAGACACGCGGAACGCUUCUACCGCCCUCCCCCUCCCCCCAACCAUGACUAAAGCAGGUCUGCAUGAAAGUUCUGCUUUCUUGUACAGAAUAUUCUUUUACAUUUCGUGUACAUAAUGUAAUAAAAAAACUGUUAGUGUAGUUGUGUAUGUAUUUUAUGUUGCUGGUUUUAAGUUCUAAUGUUCAAAUUUGUUAAUAGUACAUGUGGAAAAAUGGAAAGGUGUGUGUGACAUGUACACAAAAUAAAGCAUUUGAACAUGUC